AUGAUGCUAUUUUUAGAACCGAUUCAUGUUUUGGAAUCCAGAAUUGAAAUUAUCCAUUUGUAUCAUCAUUUUAAGCCAAUAUGGAGAAGUUAUAAGUUUGAGUGCCCCAGUUUAACAUCUAAAGAUAUGCGUCAACCUCUGAAAGAAAGAAUACAGAAUGCUAUUAAUCAAGCUGUUUUACACGAGGAGGUGGCAUAUGGGGCACUCAUUGUGGGUGGAAGAAGAGUAACAAGAAAGAAACGUAAACACAAACCCGUAAAGAAAGACCAAAAUAAUAACACUAAGAAAAAUAAAAAACAACAAGAAAAAAAUAAAAAAUAUUUCAAACUAGUUGAAGAAGAAGUAGGUCGAAAAAUGUUUUUGCUCAAAUUUUUGAAAACUUUACGCCAAAGACCGGAGAAAUGUGUCUCUUAA